AUGAAGGGAUAUUUCGACGACUCCGAUGAGGAAGACAACUCUGCAUCGAAGAGCACCCUUUCGAGGUGGUGGAGUCUGCCAACAUCGGGAAGACGGCCCCCAAGCCCGACUUCCUGGACGAGGCGGAGCAGGGGGACGGCCGCCUCAAGGAGGAAGGGGAGGCGCAGUCGGGAGAGAGCGAGGAGGAGGCCCCCCAACCCGAAUUUCUGGGAGGGGGGGGAGCGGGGGGAGGCCCCCCUAAAGGAGAAAGGGGGGGCCCAUUGGGGAGAGAGGGAGGAGGAAGAAGGCGGCGAAGGUUCUUCUUGGACCGGUCCCGUCGACGGCGACGGGUUCCCCGUUGGCAGGGUGCCCGACGAGAAGAAGAAGAUCGAGGCACUCCCGCCGGUCGACCAUUCACAAAUAGAGUACGAGCCCUUCCGCAAGGUUUUCUACGAGCUGCACCCGGACAUGGCCAGGCUCAACGCCUGGGAGGUCAAGCAACUCCGCAACGAGCUCCAGGUUUCGGUGGAGGCCGGCAAGCAGAGGAACGACACCGGCGUCCCCGCCCCCGUGCAGUCCUUCAAGCACGCCGGCUUCGACGACCUCUUGCUGUCCGAGGUUGUCCGGCAGGGCUUCGAGGCUCCCACGCCGAUCCAGGCACAGGCCUUGCCCGUCGUCAUGUCGGGGAGAGACAUGAUCGGCGUGGCGCAGACCGGGUCGGGCAAGACCCUGGCGUUCGUGUGGCCGUCCCUAGUGCACCUCAUGGACCAGAGGGAGAUCGUCAGGGGUCAGGAAGGCCCAAUCGUGGUCAUCCUGGCGCCAACAAGGGAGCUCGCCGGUCAGAUAUACUCGGAGGCCAACAAGUUCGCCAAGAGGUACGGGUGCAAGGUGUGCGCCGUCUACGGCGGUGCUGGUAAGUGGGAGAUGCAGAAGGCCCUCAAGGAAGGGCCCGAGAUCGUCGUGGCCACCCCUGGCCGCAUGAUCGAGAUGAUCAAGCUCAAGUCCACCAACAUGCGGAGGUGCACCAUGAUGAUUUUGGACGAGGCCGACCGUAUGUUCGACAUGGGCUUCGAGUACCAGAUGCGGUCCAUCGUGGCGCAGACAAGGCCCGACAGGCAGACGCUCAUGUUUAGCGCCACCUUCAAGAGACGGGUUCAGCAACUGGCGAGUGACAUCCUCGACGACCCCGUACACGUCCACAUCGGCGGUUUCAACCUCACGGCCAACGAAGACAUCCACCAGGUGGUGCACGUGCUCUCGGGAGACGCCCUCAAGUGGAAAUGGUUCAGCGACAAUGUUCCCGCCUUCGUGGCAAAGGGGAAGGUGCUGGUUUUCGUGUCGAGUAAGCAGGGGUGCGAAGACUUGUGCAAGUCUCUCAACAAGCACACAUCCCUUGAGGCCGGGGCCAUUCACGGGGACAGGGACCAGACAGAUAGGGAGAAAACGUUGCGGGCUUUCAAGCAAGGCCUGAUGCCCAUCCUGGUCGGCACAGACGUGGCGUCAAGGAUGGGCAAAGACGGCGUCCACCCGGGCACCGCCUACACCCUCGUAACUCCCAAGCAGGCUUCUUUCGCGGGGGACCUCGCUUACCAUUUGGAGUCCGCCAAGCAAGCCGUCCCUAAGGAGCUGGAGGCUUUGGCCAAGCAGGGGGGAGGGCGACGAGGCGGUGGUGGUGGCGGCUUCGGGGGAGGAGGGGGCGGCGGCGGCGGGCGCGGUCGGCAAGGCGGAGGAAUUGGGUUCGUCGCUGGAAAAGGCAACAGCAGCGGUAGCGGGGGCGGGGGCGGCGGGAAGUUCGGCCCCCCGGCGGGGCCGGCGCUUACCUCCGCCGCCGCGGCAGCCGCAACCAAGGGGACCGCCGCCGCUCACAUGCAGCUGCCGCCCUCUCUAAAGCUGAUGGCAGCUAGCGUGGGAGGGGGGGCGACGGCGGCGGCGGCGGCGGCGGCGGCGGGGGGAUCCAGUAAAGGGAGGGUGCACAACCCGAUAGAAGACUCGUAUGAUACCAAGGCGCCGUGGAGCCCGGGGUCUAAGCCGGCGUCGGAGCCGGGCUCGCCGGCCGCGGGAGCGGCGGCAGGGGGGGGUUCGAACGUGCGGCGCGGGUUGUGGUGA